AUGGAUUUCAAGAAGGUGUCUGAUUUCUUCGGUGGCACCAUUUUUCCGGAUGAGUACAGAGUUGCCCUGCAGGAUUCUGAUCGGAGGAUCACUGAACUUGAAACAGCAAUCCUCCUGUCGCCCGAUGUUAGAGACCAAGCUUCAACCAUUCUUUUGCGACUCAUUCACUCUGUUAUGAGUGGAGAUCUCGCCAGGGCAGAUGGUUGCCUCAAUCGACUAUCACAGCUCCCAGAUCGUGAACUUGGACCGUCAUGGCCGUUUCGAUGGGAUGCGUACAGCUUUUAUAUCACUUGUCUGAAGAGAGUGCCGCCAAUCCUACGAUUCUGCACAGGUAGGAAUAACCAAAUUGGCGUGCUCAGGGACUAUGAGCUUUCGGUUCGAGACUCCCGGAGACGCCAGAUCAACCAGAAAGCACACCUCAGGAAUGAAAUCCAGAACCAACUUGAUAAGUUGGAAUAUCAUGUCAUUUACGACAUCUCUGAUUUCCAUUCCUACCUCUUGAUGCAAGCGUUCGAACAUCAUCCACGGUACCCAGACCACUUUCUAGGUAUUAUGUUCGAUUCCGCAGAACCCUGUUCUCCAGCCACCAUUGACAGUGCACACGACUUAGGACUCACAAAGACCGCGGCUUAUUUGAAGAAGCUAACCUUGCAAUACUUGUUGGCUGGCGCUUCGAAAAAUGCAACAGCUGCUCUUCAAGACCUGGAAGCUCUAUACAUCCGACAAGAAGAUUUCGUUGGUGAGGCGAAUGUCAAGUUGGUUCAGGGCGACAACUAUUUUUCCUUGCCUUUCACAAGCCCGGUAGCCCUGAACUUGGUGCCACACGGACGAGACCUGGGCUGGGAUAACGCCGCAAUGGAUUCUAUUGAAACGUCUCUCGCUCCUCAAAACGCCGAUUUAGCAAGAUCAUGCUACGUCGAAGCAUAUCAUUUAUUUGAAGCAGCUGGAUCCCAUGCUGGGAUGGGAGCAGUAAGCCUCCGAUAUGCUUGCAUAGACCACGUUCAAGCUAUCGAUGGAAUGAGAAGAGCAACCGACGGAUCCAUUGCUCAGUUGCUUGAGAAUGCCCGCGAACACUUGCAGAAUGCCGUUCAACUGUUUUCUGGAGACAACACGCAUUCCCUCAUAGUGUCCGGUCACAUCUUGAUGCUUAAUAUUACCAGUGACAGGCAUCAGGAUGUUUUGAGUCAGGCUUAUCAGAUUGGUGAUCGUUGCCGGGCAAUUGAUAAUGUCAGUGUUUCCCAGUUUCUCGGGAUGCUCUUGCUCCGGCUUGGUCGCAAAUUUUCCCUUCUCCCAUCCGGCAGGCAGAAAGCGCUGAUUUGUUGUUAUUGCGCCGAGGUCUGCUGCUACGCCUUCAGAGAUCCUUACCUGCAGUUGAGCGCGGUUGUCUCUCUCGCUGCAUUUCAAUGCAAGAGUGGCAACGUUCCGACGGCCAUUGCGCAUAUUGAACAUGGCCGAACCCUCCUGAAUCAGGCUGCCGACCACAUUGAGCGUCUCUUAGCACACACGGACACUCCAGACCAUCGGCAUAUUCUGAAAUCGGUUCGUGCCAAUUGCAUUAAUCCAUCCUUGAAGGCGUCUGCGGAUGAGCUUCUGAGGAUAGAAACAUUGGUUGCACCACUGCGGGCAAUGUUUCAGGAGGCUAAUGAGGGACGUCGGACAAAAUCACGCAUGGAUGCAGACAUAGACGCAGCAGACGAUUGCCUUAAGCAAGCACUCCUGCGGAUCGAGACUGUCAGGCUCCCCUGUCGCUCUUCCGAAGUUGACACAUACCAAAUUGUCUUACUUCAGCAGCUAGCUCCUGAUAUUUCCGGAUUAACGUCUCAAAAACGGAGACAAGAUGCACAGAGGUAUAUAUCUCUGUGUUUCGUUACUAAAGAGUGGGGACUGAGAUUCAAACUCCUCGGCCAGGUGGAACAGACGAUUCCUGACUAUUUGAACGAAAUCAGGAGCGCUCUUGGCCCGCACGACUGGAUGGACAUGUUUUGGAUUGGAUGCAUACAUGAGCACUCAGGCAACCUCAUGUCUGCAUUGACUUGGUAUAUCGACGCUUUCCAGACCGUGGAAACGAACUACAAGCGCUUGGCGGACAUCAAUGAACGCCGCAAUAUGUACGACACGAUCCAUUCAAGCGAGCUAUUUUUUGGGCUUGCGCGUGUUGCGUGGCUAUUCUCUCAGUCGGAAGAUCAAGAAGAACCUGUCAUCGAUCUUGAUCAAUGGCAACUGACGCCCGCCCAAUGGAAGGAACAAGUUCUUCGAUUCCUGGACGUGGGUCACUCGCGAGCGCUUCUCGACCUUCUCAUUGCCGAACAGGCUACAGACCGCGAACAAUUACAAAACUGGUCGGAAUAUUCGUAUCAAUUGAGGGAGCACGAACUCAUGGCUUUUGGCACUCAUUCACGACAGCUCGACCAAACCGAAUCUUCCACUACUGAUGCCGCUGAGACGAAACAUGAAUAUCUUGGGGAAAUCCAAGCUAGAUUGAAGGCAGAGCUCGAACCAAUCAGCCUGACUAAGCUUGUCCCAGACGUUGAGGUGACCGCCAGUCUCAACGAGAUGAUCUACAACUCGAUUGCCACAGAUGCUCCGGUUGUGCAUGUCAACAUCUCUCGAGAUGGACUGCUCAUACUAUGCAUCAACUCAAGCGGCAUCGAGAAUAUCCGCUUCGACGAGAUCACCGACAUUGAAGUGGAAAAACACAUCUUUCGCUGUCUGCAACUGUUUCGAGAUGGAGAAAAUGGGAAGAUGCCAGAUCUCUCAAGUUGUCAGGAAGCUUUGAUUGAUAUCUCCAACAUCAUCGUCGAAUCCAUCUCACAGUACCUCAAGACUCGAGACCACAUCAUAUUCGUUCCCUCGCGGUCGUUGAACAAAUUCCCGUUCUCCGCCUUGACUUUGGAUGGGCAACCACUCUUUCUUACCAAGGACGUCUCAAUGUGCCCAAGCCUAGCUGCACUUGGUCGCCUGGUUAAAAGGCAAAGAGACAUCGAAGGAUCAGUGGGGGUUGUGUACAAUGACGCGAAAGGACCAAGACCCCUACCCCUAUCAGCCGCCGCUUCUGUCCAGAUCGCUAGAGCCUUCGACACUGUCCCUUGUCCCACUACAGUCGCAUCACACAAAGACUUCAGCAGCCUCUACGAACAGUCAAACGUCGUGUUCAUCGCGACGCACGGGACACAGCACAAGCAAUCCGCAUGGCAGUCUACGUUGGCGCUGAACCCACCGUUCCGCGUGCUUGAUCUGUCCCGCAUGCGCAGCAGCGCCGCCCUGGUCAUCUUCGAGGCCUGUGUUAGCAGCUUGGGCGAAGAGACUGUUGGCAACGACAUGCUGGGCUUCUCACAUAUCGUCCUCUCGUCUGGUGCCUCUGCGUUCCUGGGCGCCUUGUGGUCAGUCAGCGACGAGGCGUCCGCAUUGUUGAUGGUGUAUUUCUUCCGUGCGCUGAAGGACGCCAGAGAAAGCAAAGCUAAGGAAGGUAUUAAGCCGGUGUCGAUCGUCCGUUGCUGGCGCACUGCACAACUUCAACUGUACGAGGCACAUGCAAGCAGCGCCAUUUCGACGUUCCAGGAAAUGGCGGAUCAGUGUCAGGACGCGGAGAAGGCGCAGAAACAGCCAGAUGGGACGAAAAGACCUGCGCUAAUUUCCCGUUCUCAGUCGAAAAGGUUCCGAAAUGCGUUGCGAAGCAUGGUCGAGACGAUCGAGACGGAAGGCGCAAACUAUAAGCAUCCGUUCUACUGGGCGCCCUAUGUUCUCGUGGGGAAUGGGGAGGUUGCUUGUCUAGGCACACAUGCAGUCAGUUCUAGAAUGCUGGGUCCAUCAUGGAGAAGAUUGCUGGCCCUGUCAUGGCUCUUCUUGCGUACGCUUCAUUGA